AUGUCAUCAACCAAUGCAGCGUCUGCCGUCGGCAUCAUCAGCAGCGACGGCGAGGCCCUGACCACGUCGGCUAUCGUUGCGGCGGAGGCCAUGACUGGGUCGCACGUGCUCCAGAUCAAAGGCUACUCCAUAACGACCAAGGAACUCGGCAACGGCAAACACAUCAAAUCCAGCACAUUCAGCGUGGGUGGUCACCGCUGGUAUAUCAGGUACUACCCUGAUGGCAAUGUCUUAGAAAAUGCCGGCUGGAUUUCUAUCUACCUGCAGCACGAUCAUACCGAUGCCGCUGUGGAAGUCAAUGCUCGAUUCGUAUUUGGUGUUCUGGACGACAGCGGCAAAUAUGUACCGAUGUUUAGCUCAGAAACCUCUGUGGACGAUACGUUCUCCUCCAAAAUCGGUGCUGGGGCUUCUCCAAAUUCGUUUCAAGGAAAGCCCUGGAGGAAUCGUCUUAUAUAA